UCCCUCUCCCUCUCUCUCUCUCUGCAUUAUAAUCAGUGAAGCGAAGGAGAGUCCGAUCAGAAAAAUGAGUGGUACAGGGAAGAAAAUAGCAGAUGUUGCUGUCAAGGCGUCCAAGGGGAUCGAUUGGGAUGGAAUGGCGAAGCUUCUUGUUUCCGAAGAGGCGCGCAAGGAGUUUGCUUCUCUCCGUCGCGCCUUCGACGAAGUCAACUCCACCCUCCAAACCAAGUUCAGCCAGGAACCAGAACCUAUUGACUGGGAGUAUUACAGGAAAGGAACUGGUUCUCGCUUGGUGGAUAUGUAUAAAGAGGCCUAUGACAGCAUAGAGAUCCCCAAGUAUGUAGACACUGUGACUCCUCAAUACAAACCUAAGUUUGAUGCAUUGUUGGUGGAGCUAAAAGAAGCAGAGGAGAAAUCCCUGAAAGAGUCCGAAAGAUUGGAAAAAGAAAUUGCUGAAGUCCAAGAGAUGAAGAAAAAGAUCAGCACCAUGACUGCAAAUGAGUAUUUUGAGAAGCACCCAGAGUUGAAGAAGAAGUUUGAUGAUGAAAUUCGGAACGACUAUUGGGGCUAUUGAUAUGUCAACCUUGGUUAUAUCAACAUUGAAGUCUGAAUUUUGCCUUUUUCUUAUGGUCUUGGUUUCAUAAAAUAAAUAUAACCACAUCGUUACCUUUCUAGCUCUGUUGCUCAGAUGAGAAGAUGACUCAUCGAGGAUCUUCAUGAAAAGAGGCACAAUAUUCCGAGUGGUAUGGUCUAAAGAUGACAAGGCUUCCGCUUACAAUUCUCUUGGAUCUUGGGAGCUGGGACCAGGCUCUCGAACUGCCCGUAGUAUGUCAAGUUAAAAAAUAGGAUACAUUUCUUAAAGCACCAAAUUGAUUAAUUCAACCCUCUUAAAUUGCCCCUUAGUUUUCUGACA